GAACUUCGUAAACUUAGCGAGUUCGGUUCUGUCUGUCGCGCGGAAAAGACAGGAGUUCUUGCUCUGAGCUCCCUCCCUUUUUUUACUCGCGGUUGGAAUGGUUUUGGAAUAUUUUUAAGGACUUUUGAAAGUGUGAAGUUGCUGUUUUUGGCAGUGAAGGAUAUCCGGGUACGUGACCUAAGAUGGACCACGUGCACCAUAGCAUGCACUCCGUGGAGCCGGAUGAAAUGCAGCCCCAGCCAGAUACCACGAUGGCCAGCGGUCAUGAGGGCCACAUGGAUGACCUUUUGGGCGGAUGGGGGGGAGAGGAGCAGGAGCUGCUGGGGAUGCUGCACGUGCCGCUGCUCCACGGGGGCGUGAAGGAAGUCCUGCUCCUGCCGAGCCUGUCGACCGCCUCGCCGGGAUCCUUCACCCUCGCCUGCUUCCUCCUCGCCCUCUGCACCGCCCUCGUCGAGGUCCUGCGUCUGGGAGCAUGGUGGGUGGAGAGCCGAAAGAUAAACAAACCCGGGAGGCAGUCACGUGGAGGAGCCUGCGAAUGUAAACACUGCACGAGCGUUACUGUCAGCCUCCGGGGAGUGACGGAGGGCAAGCAGUACAACGCGAUCCACGAUGCCAACAGCGGCGAGUCCCUGAGCGUGCAGUCGUCCUCGAACCCGUCGCUGUCGGCCAGACGAAUCGGCUUGUGGCUCGCUGUCUCAGGUGUCCUCAACCUCCUCAUCUACCUGUCCUCGACCUUGCUCAUGCUCAUCGCCAUGACCAUGAACAUCUACCUCAUCCUGUCCAUGGGCAUCGGGGCCUCCUGCGGGAAAGUCGCCACCCUCUUCGCCCGCAGGAGGAUAGAGGACGGGCUGUGCAAGUGACGCCAGGCUAGGGUCGCGCCGAAGCCCUGGACGGUGGCUGAGGCGGUGGCGGAGGCCGAGGCGGAGGCGGAUGGGAGCGGCCACCCGGACACCACGCCCUUCUGAGAGCCCUCGCUGCGACCCUAGUUGCGAUGGAGGGGUUCUAGGCGCGUGACUAACUUAGGCGAAUUACUCUGAGAACACUGGGAAAGGUUAUAUUCAUACCA